AUGCAAUACUCCGCUGCUCUUACUGUAGUCUUCGCCGCUGCACUGGCGCUCGCUGCCCCUGCCCAGUUCCAAGGCACCCCGGAUACUCAAUACAAGGAGCCAUAUAAUAAUCGCAACUACAUUAACCCUGGUCAAAUCAACUACCCUAGCCAAAUCAACAACUAUAACCCUCCCGCUGCCUACUUUCCCCCGGGUACUGGUAAUAGCGCUCCUGCUAGGUUCAACACCUACGGGCCUCCUGCUCCGCUGAAUUCACAGGCUACUCCCAGCAACUCUGAGUCGGAAGUGCCUCCGGUACCGGUUUAUGACGAGAAUCAGGUCCAGCAGUACUCCGACCAAUUGAUGAUGGUUGACUAG